AGGGGAGAUGCACGCCAGGCUCUGCUCCGGGAAAUCCGGGUUCUGAGGAACCCCAAAAUCCCAAAAUUCCCGCUGGAAAAAUUCCCUGGGAUCCCGAAAAAACUGAAAUUCCCAUGGGAAAACCUCCCGGGGAUCUCAAAAAACGAAAAUUCCCAUGGGAAAACCUCGCUGGGAUCCCAAAAAUCCUGAAAUUCCUGCUGGAAAACCUCGCUGGGAUCCCGAAAACCCGAAAUUCCCAUGGAUAAACCUCCCUGGGAUCCCAAAAAUCCCAAAAUUCCCAUGGAAAAACCUCCCGGGGAUCCCAAAAACUCAAAAAUCCUGUUGGGAACCCCCCUGGAUUUCCUGGAAAACGGCAGAAAUUCCUUGAAAACAGCAGGAAUUCCCAGGGAAAUUGUGGGAUUUCCUGGGAAAUCGCAGAAUUCCUGGGGAAAACGGUGGGACUUGGAAGAAAAAAAGCAGGAUUUGAAUGUGGAGCAGCGGCGUUCCCAAGGAUCCAGGAAUUCCCAGCAGAAUUCCGGGAAAAUCCGGACUUUUUGCAGAGGGGAAACGGCGGAAUUCCAAGGACUGGCCGAGAGUCGCCCUCAGCGGCGCUAAUUAACUCCGACAGCGCUAAUUAACGACUAAUUCGUGCCUAAUGAACCCCCCGGGGACGCCUUUGUGCCGAUUGCAAUGAACCCCUUCGGGCCCUUUUGAACCCCAUUUGCCGCGUUUCGCUUGUGCCUGACCGCGAGGCCAUUAAAAAGCAGCGGCUGUGCUGCGGGGGCGAGCGGGGCUUUGCGCGGCUGUGGAGGGGGAGAAGGGCAGCGAGGGCAGCGAGGGCAGCGAGGGCGGCCGCGCUCCUCCGGGCAGCGCCGCCACGCAAGGCCCAGGCUUCGCUAGGCCGCGCUAGGCCGCGCGUUGCUAAGCAACGCGUCGCGCUCUGACGCGGCUUCCGUUAACGGCCCAGCGGUCGCUUAGCGACGCGUGACGUCACUUCCUCCUCCUCCUUCGCUCUCCCCUCAGCGGCGGCGCCAUCAUGGCGGCCGUGUCGGUGUUCCCGUCCCCGCGCGAGCUCGGCGCGGCCCUGGCGCGCUCGGUGGUGGAGGCGGCGGCCGAGGCGGUGGCGAGCGGCGGCCGCUUCACGCUGGGGCUGUCCGGGGGCUCGCUGGUGCCGCUGCUGGCGCGGGAGCUGCCGCCCGCCCUCAGCGCGGCUCCCGGCGCCGACCCCUCGCGCUGGCUCGUGGCGUUCUGCGACGAGCGCCUGGUGCCGCCCGAGCACCCCGAGAGCACCGGCGGCGCCUACCGGUCCCAGCUGCUGGCCCAGUUUGCCCCCCCCGGCCCCCAGGUGCUCUGGGUCACCCCCGGGCUGGGCCCGGCCGAGGCCGCCCGGGACUACGAGGAGCAGCUGAGGAGGGCGUUCCCGGGCGAGGCCACGCCCCAGUUUGACCUGCUGCUGCUGGGGGUGGGGCCGGACGGCCACACCUGCUCGCUGUUCCCGGGCCACGCCCUGCUCCAGGAGCAGCAUUCCCUGGUUUCUUUCCUGCUGGACUCUCCCAAGGCCCCUCCCCAGCGGGUGACGAUGACGCUGCCGCUGCUCAACGCGGCCAAGGCCCUGCUGCUCGUGGCCACCGGCGCCGCCAAGGCCCCCGUCAUCAAGCGCAUUCUGGAGCCGCGCCCGGAGGCGUCGCCGUCGCUGCCGGCGGCGCGGCUGCGCCCGCGCUCGGGCCGGCUCCGCUGGCUCCUGGACCGGGAGGCGGCCAAGGAGCUGCAGAGCCCCGGGAGCAGCGGCCACGAGGACACGGAGGAAUCCACGGAAAACCGGGAACAGCGGCCCUGACACGGAGAAAUCCACGGAAAACCGGGAACAGCGGCUUUGAAACGGAGAAUUCCACGGGAAAAUGGGAAAAAAUGUCUUUAAAAUGGACAAAUUCCAUGGAAAAAUGGGAAAAAAUGUCUUUAAAAUCGAGAAAUUUCAUGGAAAACCGGGAAUAGCGGCCCUGACACAGAGAAUUCCAUGGAAAACCCGGAACAGCGGCUUUGAAACAGAGAAAUCCACGGGAAAAUGGGAAAAAAUGUCUUUAAAAUGGAGAAAUUCCAUGGAAAAAUGGGAAAAAAUGUCUUUAAAAUCGAGAAAUUUCAUGGAAAACCGGGAAUAGCGGCCCUGACACAGAGAAUUCCAUGGAAAACCCGGAACAGCGGCUUUGAAACGGAGAAAUCCGUGGAAAAAUGGGAGAAAAAUGUCUUUAAAAUUGAGAAAUUCCAUGGAAAAAUGGGAAAAAAAAGUCUUUAAAAUCGAGGAAUUUUAUGGAAAACCGGGAAAAACGGCCCUGACACAGAGAAUUCCAUGGAAAACCCGGAACAGCGGCUUUGAAACGGAGAAAUCCGUGGAAAAAUGGGAGAAAAAUGUCUUUAAAAUGGAUAAAUUCCAUGGAAAAAUGGGAAAAAAAUGUCUUUAAAAUUGAGAAAUUUUAUGGAAAACCGGGAAUAGCGGCCCUGACACGGAGAAUUCCAUGGAAAAAGGGGAAUAGCGGCUUUGAAACAGAGAAUUCCAUGGAAAACCCGGAACAGCGGCCCUGAAACGGAGAAAUCUGUGGAAAAAUGGGAAAAAAUGUCUUUAAAAUGGAGAAAUUCCAUGGAAAAAUGGGAAAAAAUGUCUUUAAAAUUGAGAAAUUUUAUGGAAAACCGGGAAUAGCGGCCCUGACACGGAGAAAUCCAUGGAAAACCCGGAACAGCGGCUUUGAAACGGAGAAAUCUGUGGAAAAAUGGGAGAAAAAUGUCUUUAAAAUGGAGAAAUUCCAUGGAAAACCGGGGAAAAAAAUGUCUUUAAAAUCGAGAAAUACCAUGGAAAAAUGGGAGAAAAAUGUCUUUAAAAUCGAGAAAUUCCAUGAAAAACUGGGAAAAAAAAUGUCUGAUAAAUUCCAUGGAAAAAUGGGAAAAAAUGUCUUUAAAAUCGAGAAAUUCCAUGGAAAACCCGGAACAGCAGCCUUGAAAUGGGAAUUCCAUGGAAAACUGGGAAAAAAUGUCUUUAAAAUGGAGAAAUACCAUGGAAAAAUGGGAGAAAAAUGUCUUUAAAAUUGAGAAAUUCCAUGGAAAAAUGGGAGAAAAAUGUCUUUAAAAUGGAGAAAUUCCAUGGAAAAAUGGGAAUAGCGGCUUUGAAACGGGAAUUCCAUGGAAAACCUGGAACAGCGGCCCUGAAACGGAGAAAUCCGUGGAAAAAUGGGAAAAAAAAUCUUUAGAAUGGACAAAUUCCAUGGAAAAAUGGGAAAAAAUGUCUUUAAAAUCAAGAAAUUCCAUGGAAAACCGGGAACAGUGGCCCUGACACAGAGAAUUCCAUGGAAAAACGGCCUUGAAAUGGGGGAAUUCCAUGGAAAAAUGGGAAAAAAAUGUCUUUAAAAUGGAGAAAUUCCAUGGAAAAAUGGGAAAAAACGUCUUUUAAAUGGAUAAAAUCCAUGGAAAACCGGGAACAGCGGCCCUGACACGGAGAAUUCCAUGGAAAACCCGGAAAAAAAUGUCUUUAAAAUCAAGAAAUUCCAUAGAAAAAUGGGAAAAAAUGUCUUUAAAAUCAAGAAAUUCCAUGGAAAACCGGGAACAGCGGCCCUGACACAGAGAAUUCCAUGGAAAACCAGGAAAAAAAUGUCUUUAAAAUCCAGAAAUUCCAUGGAAAAAUGGGAAAAAAAAUGUCUGUAAAAUGGAGAAAUUCCCUGGAUUUUUUGGGAUUCUGGACUGGAUUUUUUGGGACCUGGAGCCGCUUUGGCUGAGCUGGAAAUCCUCGAAAUUCCGUGAAAAAAAAAAAAAAAAAAAAAAAAAAAAUCAGAGAAAUCAAAAAUUUCUGGGAUGGGGAGCGGGGCUGGGAAUCCCAGCAGGAACUGGGAUGGACUGGGAGAGGAAAAUGGGCCAAAAAAUCCGGAUUUUGGCGUUUUGGGAGCUUUUAUUUUGAUUUUUUUUGGGGGAAUAAACGGAGCUUUGGAUGA